CGCCCCUGCAUUGCGGCUGCUGCUGCUGCUGCUGGGCUAACGGGCUCCGACCCAGCGAGCUCGGCGUUGGCGCGUCCGUCUGUCGGUCCGUCUGCCAGUCCGCGAGAAGAAGCCUCCGCCGCGCGUGUUUUCUGUUAAAGAAUCUGAGACCAUGGCCAAACCAGCACAGGGUGCCAAGUAUCGGGGCUCCAUCCAUGACUUCCCGAACUUUGACCCCAGCCAGGAUGCCGAGGCUCUGUACACCGCCAUGAAGGGCUUUGGCAGUGACAAGGAGGCCAUACUGGAGCUGAUCACCUCCCGGAGCAACAGGCAGAGGCAGGAGAUCUCCCAGAGCUACAAGUCCCUUUAUGGCAAGGACCUCAUCGCUGACUUGAAGUAUGAGCUGACAGGGAAGUUUGAACGACUGAUUGUGGGCCUCAUGAGGCCACUUGCCUAUUGUGAUGCCAAAGAAAUUAAAGACGCCAUCUCAGGCAUUGGUACCGAUGAGAAGUGCCUCAUUGAGAUCUUGGCUUCCCGGACCAAUGAGCAGAUCCACCAACUGGUUCAAGCAUACAAAGAUGCCUAUGAACGGGACCUGGAAGCCGACAUCAUUGGCGACACCUCUGGUCACUUCCAGAAGAUGCUCGUGGUCCUGCUGCAGGGCACCAGGGAAAAUGACGAUGUGGUGAGCGAGGACUUGGUCCAGCAGGACGUCCAGGACCUGUACGAGGCGGGAGAACUGAAAUGGGGAACAGAUGAGGCCCAGUUCAUUUACAUCUUGGGAAAUCGCAGCAAGCAGCAUCUUCGGUUGGUGUUUGAUGAGUAUCUGAAGACCACGGGGAAGCCUAUCGAAGCCAGCAUCCGAGGGGAGCUGUCCGGGGACUUUGAGAAGCUUAUGCUGGCUGUGGUGAAAUGCAUCCGGAGCACCCCAGAGUAUUUUGCCGAAAGACUCUUCAAAGCCAUGAAGGGCCUGGGGACCCGGGACAACACCCUGAUCCGCAUCAUGGUCUCCCGUAGUGAGCUGGACAUGCUGGACAUCCGGGAGAUAUUCCGGACCAAGUAUGAGAAGUCCCUCUACAGCAUGAUCAAGAAUGACACCUCUGGCGAGUAUAAGAAGGCCCUGCUGAAGCUGUGUGGGGGUGAUGAUGAUGCUGCUGGCCAGUUCUUCCCGGAGGCAGCGCAGGUGGCCUAUCAGAUGUGGGAGCUUAGUGCAGUCUCCCGAGUAGAGCUGAAGGGAACUGUGCGCCCGGCCGGUGACUUCAACCCAGACGCAGAUGCCAAAGCACUGCGGAAGGCCAUGAAGGGGCUUGGAACUGAUGAGGGAACCAUCAUCGACAUCAUCACACACCGCAGCAAUGCUCAGCGGCAGCAGAUCCGGCAGACCUUCAAGUCUCACUUUGGCCGGGACCUAAUGGCUGAUCUGAAGUCUGAGCUCUCCGGAGACCUGGAGAGGCUGAUUCUGGGGCUCAUGAUGCCACCCGCCCACUACGAUGCCAAGCAGUUGAAGAAGGCCAUGGAGGGAGCUGGCACAGAUGAAAAGGCUCUCAUUGAAAUCCUGACCACUCGGACCAAUGCAGAAAUCCGGGCCAUCAAUGAAGCCUACAAGGAGGACUAUCGCAAGUCCCUGGAAGAUGCUCUGAGCUCAGAUACAUCUGGCCAUUUCAGGAGGAUCCUCAUUUCUCUGGCUACGGGGAACCGUGAGGAAGGUGGAGAAGACCGGGAUCAGGCCCGGGAAGACGCACAGGUGGCUGCUGAGAUCUUGGAAAUAGCAGACACGUCCAGUGGAGACAAAACUUCAUUGGAGACGCGUUUCAUGACCAUUUUGUGCACCCGUAGCUAUUCGCACCUCCGGAGAGUCUUCCAGGAGUUCGUCAAGAUGACCAACUAUGAUAUAGAGCACACCAUCAAGAAGGAGAUGUCUGGGGACGUUAGGGACGCGUUUGUGGCCAUUGUUCAAAGUGUCAAGAACAAGCCUCUCUUCUUUGCUGACAAACUUUACAAAUCCAUGAAGGGCGCCGGCACGGAUGAGAAGACCCUCACCAGAAUCAUGGUCUCCCGGAGUGAGAUUGACCUGCUGAACAUCCGGCGGGAGUUCAUUGAGAAAUAUGACAAAUCUCUUCACCAAGCCAUCGAGAGCGACACCUCCGGAGACUUCCUGAAAGCUUUGCUGGCUAUCUGUGGCGGUGAGGACUAGGACCUCCAGCUUUGGUGGGCAUCUCUGCUGAGAACAGUCAGCAGCCCCAGCCGCCAUGACCAAGACUGAUUGCUCCAGCUCCAGAGACUACGGAAGGGGCAGGGUUGGAGGGAAGGGG